GUUUGGUGGGACUCACGGUUCAACAAUCGAAGCCAUUGCUGUUCGGCUGUUGGUGCAGGCUUCCGGGCGUGUUCCGCGCUUGACCUUCGCUGCGCGAGGUACCUCGCCGCGUCUUGCUUGCCCGGCCGUUCUGCCCGUCUCUCCGUGGGCAGGCUAGACCAUCGACAUCUAUCUCACUAUCGCCAUCCCGCAUCUUUUUCACCCCCCAGUGUCUCUCCGCCGCCCUCUCCCCAGAAUCCUCCUUUUCCACAUCCACCUCGUAUUAUACCUCUGCGUUGCUGGGUAAGGAGACUUGGGCCACUCCUUAUUCUGCCUUCCUCAACUCUAUCCUCGACCAGCGACCCUGAAUACCCGCCAACGUUUUCUUCUCCUUUCACCUCGUGCGAGUUCCGUUCAAAGAGGGCGACGACGAGGCCGUCGCAUCGUUCAGGCCGUUUGCGACUCGAUUGAGUCCUCUAUCUUACACAUCUCGACGAGUCCACUCUCCGCCUCUCGAGAUGCGGCCCGAAGUCGAGCAAGAGCUCGCUCAUACCCUGCUCAUUGAGCUCCUCGCAUACCAGUUCGCCUCGCCGGUGAGAUGGAUCGAGACACAAGAUGUGUUCCUCGCAGAGAGGACUGCUGAGCGUAUCGUCGAGAUUGGUCCCGCCGACACUCUCGGCGUCAUGGCCAAGCGCACCCUCGCCUCCAAAUACGAAGCAUACGACGCCGCCAAGUCCGUUCAGCGACAGAUCCUCUGCUACAAUAAGGACGCUAAGGAGAUUUACUACGAUGUCGACCCCGUCGAGGAUGAGCCGGAGCCAUCAGCAGGCGCUUCCGACUCUGCUGUUGGUGCUGGUGCCACUGCCGCGCCAGCUGCCGCUGCUGCUCCCGCGGCGGCAGCGGCUCCUCCGCCCCCCAGCUCUGGGCCUGCUGCUCAGGUUGCCGAUCAACCUGUCCAGGCCAUUGACAUCGUGCGCGCCUUGAUUGCGCAGAAGCUCAAGAAACCCCUUCUUGAGGUGCCGCUCAGUAAAGCCAUCAAGGAUCUCGUUGGAGGCAAAUCCACCCUUCAAAACGAAAUCCUCGGUGACCUUGGCAAGGAGUUUGGCUCGACCCCCGAGAAACCCGAAGACACACCCUUGGACGAGCUUGGUGCCUCCAUGCAGGCUACCUUCGACGGCAGUCUGGGCAAGCAGUCUCAGUCUCUCAUCGCGAGGCUGAUCUCCUCCAAGAUGCCUGGCGGCUUCAACAUCACGGCCGCCAGAAAGUACCUCGAGACAAGAUGGGGCCUCGGCCCAGGCAGACAAGAUGGUGCCCUGCUCCUCGCCCUGACCAUGGAGCCUGCAUCUCGUCUGGGUUCCGAGGGUGAUGCCAAGGCGUUCCUCGACGACGUUACGCAAAAGCAUGCUGCUAACGCCGGCUUCAGCCUGUCGACGGCAUCGGCCGACAGCGGAUCUGGCGGUGCCGGCAGCGGCAUGAUGAUGGACCCUGCCGCCAUCGAUGCCCUCACCAAGGACCAGCGUGCUCUGUUCAAGCAGCAACUGGAACUCUUCGCCCGCUACCUCAAAAUUGACCUCCGCUCCGGAGACAAGGCCUUUAUCAACUCACAGAAAUCGGAGAAGGUCCUCCAGGCCCAGCUCGACCUGUGGACCGCCGAGCACGGCGACUUCUACGCGUCCGGCAUCGAGCCCGUAUUCAGUCCCUUGAAGGCCCGAACCUACGACUCAUCAUGGAACUGGGCUCGUCAGGAUGCCUUGAGCAUGUACUUUGACAUCAUCUUCGGCAGAUUGCAGGCUGUCGACCGCGAGAUUGUUAGCCAGUGUAUUCGCAUCAUGAAUCGGUCGAACCCCAAGCUCCUCGACUUCAUGCAGUACCACAUCGACAACUGCCCAACCGAGAGAGGAGAAACGUAUAAGCUUGCCAAGGAGCUUGGACAACAGCUCAUUGAAAACUGCAAAGACGUCCUGAACAUCUCUCCUGUCUACAAGGAUGUGGCCGUUCCCACGGGUCCUCGCACUACAGUAGACGCCCGUGGCAACCUAAACUACGAGGAAGUUCCCCGCGCCAGCUGCAGAAAGCUUGAGCACUAUGUUCAGCAAAUGGCCGAGGGUGGCAAGAUCUCCGAGUACGGCAACCGUACCAAGGUCCAGAGCGAUUUGCAACGCAUCUACAAGCUCAUCAAGCAGCAGCACAAGAUGUCCAAGACGUCUCAGCUUGAGAUCAAGUCUCUGUACGGCGACGUCCUGCGCUCCCUCGCCAUGAAUGAGAGCCAGAUCAUUCCCAAGGAGAACGGCAAGGGCAAAAAGACUGGGCUCAAGGGUUCUAGCACCAGCAAGGGCAAGGUUGAGACCAUCCCCUUCCUGCACCUCAAGCGCAAGACCCUUCACGGCUGGGACUACAGCAAGAAGCUUACGGCUGCCUACCUCAACUGCCUGGAAGACGCCGCCAAGUCUGGUGUUACCUACCAGGGCAAGUAUGUUCUCAUGACUGGCGCUGGCGCUGGCUCAAUUGGCGCCGAGGUCCUGCAGGGUCUCGUCAGUGGUGGCGCAAAGGUCGUCGUUACGACCAGCCGCUUUUCGCGCGAGGUCACCGAGUACUACCAGUCCAUGUACACCCGCUAUGGCUCGCGCGGAUCUCAGAUCGUCGUCGUUCCAUUUAACCAGGGAAGUAAGCAAGAUGUUGAAGCCCUGGUUGAGUACAUUUACGACACCAAGAACGGCCUUGGUUGGGACCUCGACUUCAUUGUACCCUUCGCUGCCAUCUCCGAGAACGGCCGCCAAAUCGAUACUAUUGACUCCAGGUCUGAGCUGGCGCACCGUAUCAUGCUCACCAAUCUCAUCCGCCUGCUGGGUUGCGUCAAGGCCCAGAAGGCCGAGCGCGGUUUCGAGACACGACCGGCUCAGGUCGUGCUUCCCCUGUCUCCCAACCACGGUACCUUCGGAAACGACGGUCUGUACUCCGAGUCCAAGCUUGCUCUCGAGACCCUCUUUAACCGCUGGUACUCGGAGAGCUGGGCCAACUACCUCACUGUUUGCGGAGCUGUCAUCGGCUGGACCCGUGGCACCGGCCUCAUGUCGGGCAACAACAUUGUUGCCGAGGGCGUGGAGGCCUUUGGCGUGCGCACCUUCUCACAGCAGGAGAUGGCCUUCAACCUGCUGGGCCUCAUGUCGCCUUCCAUCGUCGACCUCUGCCAGUCCGAGCCCGUGUUCGCGGAUCUCAACGGCGGCCUGCAGUUCAUUCCCAACCUGAAUGAGGCCAUGACCAAGCUCCGCAAGGACAUCAUGGAGACAAGCGAAAUUCGCCGGGCCGUCGCCAAGGAGAGCGCCAUUGAAAACACCAUUGUCAACGGCGCCGAGUCCGAGGCUUUGUACAAGAAGAAGACUAUCGCGCCCCGCGCCAACAUCAAGUUCGAUUUCCCUGCUCUCCCAGACUGGAAGACCGAAAUUGCCCCCCACAAUGAGACGCUCAAGGGAAUGGUCGAUCUCGAGAAGGUUGUCGUCGUCACCGGCUUUGCCGAGGUCGGACCCUGGGGUAACUCUCGCACCCGAUGGGAGAUGGAAGCCUAUGGCGAGUUCUCUCUUGAAGGCUGCGUCGAGAUGGCCUGGAUCAUGGGUCUCAUCAAGAAUCACAAUGGCCCCAUUAAGGGUAAACCGUACUCCGGCUGGGUUGAUGCCAAGUCUGGGGAGCCUGUCGACGACAAGGACAUCAAGCAGAAGUACGAGAAACAUAUCCUCGAGCACUCUGGCAUCCGCCUUAUCGAGCCAGAGCUCUUUGAUGGCUACGACCCCAACCAGAAGCAGCUGCUACACGAAGUCGUCAUCGAAGAGGACCUCGAGCCCUUCGAAGCCUCCAAGGACACCGCCGAGGAGUUCAAGCGCGAGCAUGGCGACAAGGUCGAAAUUUUCGAGAUCCCCGACAGCGGCGAGUAUAUUGUUCGCAUGAGGAAGGGUGCGUCGCUCUGGAUCCCCAAGGCCCUCCGCUUCGACCGCCUCGUUGCCGGCCAGAUCCCCACUGGCUGGGACCCCAAGCGGUAUGGUAUUCCGGAGGAUAUUGUCUCCCAGGUUGACCCCGUCACAUUGUUCCUGCUCGUUACCACCGUCGAGGCCCUCCUCUCUAGCGGUAUCACAGACCCUUACGAGUUUUACAAGUAUGUGCACGUUUCCGAGCUUGGUAAUUGCGUCGGAUCCGGCAUGGGUGGUGCUGCUGCACUGCGUGGUAUGCACAAGGACCGCUUCCUUGACAAGCCUCUCCAGAACGACAUUCUUCAGGAGUCGUUCAUCAACACCAUGUCUGCUUGGGUCAACAUGCUCCUCCUUUCUUCAUCGGGCCCCAUCAAGACUCCUGUCGGUGCUUGCGCCACUGCUGUUGAGUCGGUGGACAUCGGUUACGAGACCAUCAUGGAGGGCAAGGCUCGCGUCUGCCUUGUCGGUGGCUUCGAUGACUUCGGUGAAGAGGGCUCCUACGAAUUCGCCAACAUGAAAGCGACGAGCAACACGGUCGACGAAUUUGAGCAUGGCCGCACUCCCCGGGAGAUGUCCCGCCCGACCACCACGACCAGAAACGGCUUCAUGGAGUCUCAGGGCUGCGGCAUGCAGGUCAUCAUGACCGCCAAGCUCGCCCUGGACAUGGGCGUUCCGAUCUACGGCAUUGUGGCUCUUACGGCGACCGCUUCUGACAAGAUUGGUCGCUCAGUGCCCGCACCGGGCCAGGGUGUCCUCACAACUGCCCGCGAGCACCCCAGUAAGUUCCCGUCGCCUCUGCUCGACAUCAACUACCGUCGACGCCAGAUCGAGCGUCGCAAGAAGCAGAUCAAGCAGUGGCAGGAGUCGGAGCUUGAAUUCGUCCACGACGAGAUUGACGCCAUGAAGGCUCAAGACGCUUCGUUUGACGACAAGGAGUAUGCGCACGAGCGCUUUGCACACAUUGAGAAGGAGGCCGCCCGUCAAGAGAAGGAGCUGCUCCGGAGCAUGGGCAAUAACUUCUGGAAGAGCGAUCCGAGCAUCGCGCCCCUGCGCGGCGCUCUGGCCACUUGGGGCCUCACGAUCGAUGACCUCGGUGUCGCAUCGUUCCACGGUACUUCGACCAAGGCCAACGACAAGAACGAAUCGUCAGUUAUUUGCCAGCAGCUGCGCCACCUCGGCCGAAAGAAGGGCAAUGCUGUCCUGGGCAUCUUCCAGAAGUACUUGACUGGCCACCCCAAAGGUGCCGCCGGCGCUUGGAUGAUGAACGGCUGUCUGCAGGUGCUCAACACUGGCCUUGUUCCGGGCAACCGCAAUGCCGACAACGUGGAUCCCGUCAUGGAAGAGUUUGACAUGAUUGUGUACCCGAGCCGCAGCAUUCAGACAGACGGUAUCAAGGCUUUCUCGGUCACUUCGUUUGGUUUCGGUCAGAAGGGUACCCAGGCCAUUGGCGUCCACCCCAGGUACCUCUUUGCCACGCUCGACGAGCGCACCUAUAAUGAGUACCGUGUCAAGGUCGAGGCCCGACAGAAGAAGGCGUACCGCUACUUCCACAACGGCCUGAUCAACAACAGCCUGUUCGUGGCCAAGAACAGCUCACCGUACGCGGAUGAGCAGCUCAGCAGCGUUCUGUUGAAUCCUGAUGCUCGCGUGUCCGAGGAUAAGAAGUCGGCUGAACUCAAGUAUGCGGCCAAUUUCGCAAAGCAGGCCGAGAAGACUGUGCCCGCAUCGCGGGCCAGCGAGACUCAGAAGAUUAUGGAGGCGCUGGCGCACAAGGUUGCCAACAAGAACAGCAAGGUCGGUGUCGAUGUCGAGGACAUCUCCGCCGUGAACAUCGACAACGAGACGUUCCUGGAGCGCAACUUCACUGCCGAGGAAAUUAGCUACUGCCGCGGCGCGCCCAGCCCGCAAAGCUCCUUUGCCGGCCGGUGGAGCGCGAAGGAGGCGGUGUUCAAGUCCUUGGGUGUUGCCAGCAAGGGUGCGGGUGCUGCCAUGAAGGACAUCGAGAUUCUGCGUGACGAUAAGGGGGCCCCCACUGUUUCGCUCCACGGCGAUGCCGCUGCCGCUGCCAAGCAGGCUGGGGUAAAGGACCUUACGCUGUCCAUUUCGCACUCAGACAACCAGGCCAUUGCCGUUGCCGUUGCCAACUUUUAAGGUAGGUAGAAAUGUGCGAGCUGCCUUGUACGAGUCGGUGUGUGAAGGAUGAAGUUCGUAUGGUUUUUAAUGAAGCAUGCCGUUCAACGAACCGUGUCUGUUCAAAUUGUUCCGAGGGACCCUGGAGAAGUGUGUCUAGGGUUGUUCCCGAGAGGAGAUGUAGAGGCUUCAGCGCUAGAAUAAUAGAUGACACGCUCAAACAGGCUCGCGGGCUCUCGAUUGCAGUGAUAUGAAAUUUCAAGGCGACUUAGCCACGGCUGUCACCCUCCCAUUAGGUGUCAUCGAUUACGCUCCCGCCGCAGUCUAGUCGCGAGACCGCCAACCGCCCGCGAUUUGUUAACAGGGAGGACUCACUGCAGGAUCGGGUUGUAAACCCUAUAAGAUGCUCUCAUACAGGGUAUAUAGAUAGGCGUUCAAAAGCAGA